AUGUCAAAGCUCAGAACUGAAUUCAACAAUGACAAGUCAGAAGCAGAUUUAAAAUACAGUGAUGACAAGUCAGAUCUUAAUAAAGAUGAAAAUGUAAUUAAAGAUAUUGAAAAACAGAUCGAAGUUGAAAUUAAAGUUAAUUUAAAUGUAUCUGGAUCUAUUUCAGAAGAUCUGACAAAUAUUUCAAAGUAUCUUGAUGAAAAAAGCCCAAUAGAUGUUUAG